AUGAUGUCUACAGUGGCCCAGGAAAUUCGGAUACCCGAACCAGCUGAUCCCGAACCAGUGGACAGCGACGGGUCCAGCAAUGAGGACCGAGAUGCCAGAAAACGUCUCCUUGGAGAAAUGGAUUCUUCAGGACCCAAAAAAAGACGAAAACAAGCAACUCCUGUGAGGUUCCCAACUUCCCUUAUGCUCGGCGAUCAUCCUGAGUCUGAGGAAGAAGAGGAAGAUGCAGACCCGGAAGGUAAGCCGAAUUCGCCACAAGCAGAGGCGCUUCUAGGCCACCCAACAACGAAAGACGAAAAUUUAAACAUAGAAUUCCGCUGCCAGUACUGUAGUCAAUUGUUUAAUGGCAAAGCAACCCUCGACUUGCACCUUGAGUGUGAGCACAAUUUUGUAACCGCGUCCCACAUACCAUCAGAUAGCCAAUCACCUCAGCCGGGAAUUCAAAAUCAAACGUCUGUAGAAACGAUCAAUCAGCAGUCUGAUCAAUCUCUUCAUUUAUCUCACCUUCCCAAUAUCGAAAUAAAAAAUAUAGGCUCUUCAUGGCUACCUGAGCAUGUGCAAUCUCAGAAUCAUAAUCAAAACCAGAUCCAAACUCAAACCCAACAACAGAGUGAAGAAUGGUCCGCGAAUUGCCAUAUGAGUCCCAUCACUUCUUUGCCAAAUCAUCUAACAGGUUUGCCAAAUUUUCCUGGAGGACUUCAACAGUAUUUCCCUCUACCCCCAGGAUUUACCCUUUCUGAUUCUGGCCAGAUUCAUCGAACCACUUUGGGGCCAGCACCGGUGCGGAUUUUUAAUCCCGACGCUUACUGUGAUCUCUGCAAUAAGGAAUUUUGCAACAAGUAUUUCCUCAAAACGCACAAGGCUAAUAAGCAUGGAAUUUACGUGGAUCCUCCAAAUCCGAUGACAGUGGGAGAGAAUAGUGUAGGAAUUGGACCACUUUAUCCAAUAGGACAAAUGACUUCGAAUAAUAUUAAAUUGCCACAAUUGUCGCAAUCACCUCAAAUGACACAACCACUCCCACCUCUUACCGUUCCCUGUGAUAUUUGCCAUAAAAGGUUCCGAAGCGAGGAAUCUGUUAGGAAACAUAAACAAAAGGUGCAUACAGCAACAGUUAUUCAACAGGAAGAUCAGCAAAAUCUUAAUCCGGAGAUGCCACAACCUGAUGAGGAUAGAGAAAUACAUCACCAAAGUCCUGGGGCAAUGGAGAUGCUCUUCAAACAAGAGUAUGGAGUCGAGCAGGAGGAUAAUUUAUUCAUGCCCCCACCUAGAAAUCUUUCCCCUCAAUCAAUCCAACAAGCCAAAGAAUCUAACUUUAGUGCCGAACGUCUCCGAAAACUAGGAGUUUUAAACCCAGAUGCGUUUUGCGAAAUCUGCGGCAAGGAAUACUGCAACAAAUUUACACUACGUAUUCAUAAGUUCAAGAAACACGGGAUAGUUAUCCAGGACAACGAAAAACCACCCAUCAAUCCGGGAUCAGCUGCCACUUGGCAUCAAAUACAAACCACUCCUUUAAACUUGAUCAUGAACGAGGGAGGAAGUGGCUCAGAGUACAGUGAUAGAUCAACUGAUGAACAUGAGUGCAAAGCUUGUGGAAUUCGUUUCCAGAACCUUGAACUAUAUGAGUCUCAUCGUCAAAGGGUUCAUGCCGAAGAAACGUCACCUUCGGUGGAGUAUGAAUCAGAAUCUGUGGAACAACGAAUUACGAACAACGAUUCUAUCUCAGAGGAUCUUCAAAAACUUCAAACCAUGAUUUUACAACUCAAUGGCCUUGAAGCUAACAAGGUCUCUGUAUGCUCCGUUUGUGGCAAAGAGUGUGACUCUCAAGUAAGUUUAAAAGCUCAUAUGAUGGAGCAUGGUAUCACGACAGAAGAGCCUGUCUCACCAUCUCACGAAAAAUCCUCAACCCCUAUUACUUCUUACUGCACAUUGUGCGAGAAAGAAUAUCAAAACCAAGAAGCCCUGAGGAAACAUAUCUCAGAGGAUCACAAACAACAUUAUAGCGAUUCGAAUUCUUUGUCACAUAUGCCAUCAAUAUCCAUGCCCUCAACUCCAACAUCAGGUCAAGCCUCCGACCGUAAAACCUCAUCCUUAACUCCCACAUCCAGUUACUGUGAAAUUUGCAACAAGGAACUCUGCAACAAAUACUUUAUGAAAACCCAUAUGCAAAGAAUGCAUGGUAUCGAAAUUGAAAACGGGGCACAAAUCGGUGGAGUCAUUUGCAACAUAUGCAACAAAGAACUAUGCAGCAAGUAUUUCUUACGAGUCCACAAACACAACACUCAUGGAAUCGUUGAGGAAGGCUCGAAUCUUGGAAAUAAACAAGAAAGCUUUGAUACAGCGCAUACAGAUGAUUCAGCUCUAAAACCUGAACAACUUGGUGAUUUGAAUCACAGAUAUUUUACACAUUUUACUGAGGUUUGUCCCAUUUGUAACAGAAGAUUUAGAAGCAUUAAAUGGCUCAAGGCCCACUUAUUGGGUGACCAUGGAAAAAUGGGGAUUGACAAAUGGAAGGAAUUAGAGCAGCAAUACCAAGCAAACCAACGAAACAACAGACCAGCAGGAACAUCAAGGCCCACUCAUCCAAAUUCGCAUCUGAAGAUACCUAAUGGUUUUGAAUCCUCGCAAACCAAAGUUCCCGAUUUGACUGCAACCCUAGGGAGUCAAGUCCUUUCAAAUUUAUUCGGAUCAUCGAUCGAAGAUCAACAAUCCAAAAGCUACAGAUGCUCCUACUGCAACUUCUCCACAACUGUUCUACCUUUCCUCUUCCUUCAUGAAAGAUCACACCUCAAUCCUCAAGAACCUUCAACUGAAAAUGAAAAAUUCUUACAAUGUCCUCUCUGUCCUCAGAGUUUCUCCCAACCAGAACAUUUUCACCAUCAUCUUCUAACUCGUCACCAGUUCCCCAAUCUACUGUCUCAGUUUCCAGCGCCAAUUUUUAACAACCUCAGGCUAGAAGCUUUUGGAGAGAAAAACAACGAAACAAAAGAGAUGGAAGUGGAACCCGAGGAUCAAAAAAAUCUAAGUCCUCAAGCUCAGAAUAAUUUUAAUGAACCCAGUAUUCAGAAACAGAAUGACACUGCAGUUCAGGUAACACCUGAAGGGGUCUAUAAAUGUGCACAAUGUGGAUAUGCGACAGCAAAUUUGAAUCGCAUCAAAAAGCACAUUAGAAAAGAUCACAAGGCGUUUGGAGAGCCGACGGAAAGUGUUAUUGCUGAGUUAAGCAAAAUUCUUAAGGAAGUCGCGAAUAAGCACAAAGUUCCUGCGAGUUAUGCGAUGCCCCAGGACUUGAAUUCGAAUCCGGAGAAGACGAUAAUGCAACCUUUUUUGAUUGAAGAGCAGCAGCUCUCCCCAAGUCAGGAUUGUGGUGCAACUGGUGGGGAAGAUUCUGGACCUUUGAAGCGUUUUGCACCGGCCUUGGUCUACCUGCCAGUUAAGGCAAGAGUCAAUGGCUCACUCACAGCAUCUUUCACCUUGAGCCCUGCAUAAAGUUCACAAGCCUCUCAUUUCUACCGGGAAGGAUAAACGAUGGCAUUACAAAACCACGUUACAAAAAGAGCACACGGUAUUGGUUCCUAAAUUACGAGAACGUAGCCAAGAAUAUAGUAUUUUUUUAAGAGAUACGAUUUUAUAUGGAUGCACAUCAGCUUGUUUUUGG